UGUAAUUGAAAGAGGCUUAUAUGCCCACCACCUUCUUCCUUUAGUAUUUGUCUAGAAAUCUCUCUCCAGCAGCUGUCUUUGGUCAUCUCUUUAAUUUCCUCAAAAAACUUUCCCCCCUCAAAAUCUUGCAUGAAUCAUGGCUCUUUUCAUUUGUCUAGUGCUGUUCCUAGCCAUGACUGGCCAUUCAAGUGCUACUUAUUGCUUAUGUAAAGAUGGAGUUGGUGAUCAACAACUUCAAAAGACCCUGGAUUAUGCUUGUGGAGCUGGAGCUGAUUGUUCUGCCAUUCUCCAGAAAGGCGGCUGCUAUAACCCCAACACUGUCAAAGAUCACUGCAACUACGCCGUCAAUAGCUAUUUCCAAAGGAAAGGGCAAGCUCAAGAUAGCUGUGAUUUUUCAGGCACUGCUGCUGUUAGCCCCAAUCCUCCUCCAAAUGUUGCUUCAACUUGCAGCUUUCCCUCAAGUGGCACAGGGGCAGCAAACACAGGCACCACCACACAAACCGGGACAACCACCACCGGCUCAACCACCACGGGGACUCCAACCACCGUGUUUGGUGGUGCGGGGUCGACACUGGGUCCGACGGGGACAACGGGCAUCAAUGAUCCGGGCAGUGCUGUGGGUCUCUUCACUAACCACAACUUGUUUUUCACUUUUGCUGCUACGGCUACCCUUUGGAUCAUAGGGUCAUCUUGGCUUUGAAUCGAAGAAAGGAAAUUUUGAUGGGAUUUUGGUGUAAUAUUAACCACUGGUGUGUGUUCGAUGAUGGGAGCAUCUAUUAGUGACAAUGACAAAUCCCCCACCACUGCCACUUUCUUCUGUAAAUGGCACUUUGUUUACUUAAAGCUACAAGUGUGAGUUUUUUUUUUUUUUUUUGGGGGUUAGUGAUGUAUGGACCGUCAAAUUUUUACCAAGAUUUGAUGUGAAAGUAGGGUUAUUUUA